AUGAAGUCCCCGUCCGCCAUACUGACUCUACUAGCGCUCACCUCGACCACCCUCGCCGGCGUAGUCGUGAUGCCCUCUGGAAUAGUUAACAACAUCACAUCAUCGACCACUUUGGACGAACUCUUCGCCCGCAACGCCGCCGAAUUCACCUGCACCAAGGGCACGGACACGCCGUCGCCGGAUAUGCAUCUCGACAAAUAUGGCUGCAAGGGCAUUACGCCGCAGAUCUGCGCGGAGCAUGCGUCCUGCAAGGAAGUCACCGUCACUGACUCUGCAGGGAAGAAGUGCAAGAGGUAUGGGAUGCAACUCGCCUGCGGCUGCACUGGCAACAAGGGCACGAAAUGCGAGAAUCUCGAUAUGCCGAAUGACUGGAAAUGUCCGGCUGUGAACGCGAUUGCGAAUCCAUUGAAUGGCUAG